AUGUUAAACUUGAGAUCAGCUCUACUCGUUGUGUCCAUAAUUGGCAUUUCGGUGCACAUCAUGUAUGCGACCGAUUGUGUGAAAGGCAUAGCAGUUGUGAAGUCCAAUACUGUCAAUGGUUUGGUGCGGUUUGAGACGACGGCCGACGGCAAUAACGUGACGGUCAGCAUCAAUGUGACGGGACUCGUGCCGGCCGGCGAUCACGGCUUUCACGUCCACAAGUUUGGAGACCUGAGCGACGGCUGUAUGAGCACAGGACCUCAUUUCAACCCCUAUAACCAGACUCACGGCGCGCCCAACGAUACGGUCAGACAUGUGGGCGAUUUGGGUAAUAUUUUGUCCGAUAAAGACGGCAAUAUUGUCCUCUCGUAUAACGACAGCCAAAUCAAGCUCUCGGGCGCCAACAACAUCAUCGGAAGGGCUGUUGUGUUUCACGCACUCGUCGACGACUUGGGAAGAGGAAUGGGUGAGAGAACCGCUGAGAGCAAGAAGACUGGCAACGCUGGCGGUCGGGUCGGCUGUGCCGUCAUCGGCAUCGCCAAGGAUUAG